CCGGGUAACCUGUCGUGUUUUUUUAUAAAAAAAUUCAAAAAAUUAAAAGUUUUGAUUAUUAAAUUUUAAAUAAUUAUAGGCAAGAAAUGAUGUCUUUUAGGAGUUUUAUUGUUAGAAGUUUUUCAACGAGUUCUAAUAAAAUCGCUAACCUCGUUAAGAAAUGGUAUAUCGAAAGUGCUGUUAUCAGAAACACAUAUGAUGUUGGUGAUUCCACAAAGUGUUGAAUGAUUAUAAAUGAAUGUCAACUAUGAUUUACAGAAAAACAAAGUUGUUGUGUUCAUGAAAGGUGUUCCAGACAGCCCUAAAUGUGGCUUUAGCAAUGCUGUUGUACAAAUAUUGAGAAUGCAUAAUGUUAAGUAUGAUGCUCAUAACGUUCUUGAAGAUGAACAACUCAGACAAGGUAUUAAGGAUUUUUCCAACUGGCCCACAAUACCUCAAGUGUUUAUAAAUGGAGAAUUCGUAGGUGGAUGUGAUAUACUUUUAGAAAUGCACAGAAAUGGUGAGCUGAUAGCUGAAUUAAAGAAAGCAGGUAUAACAAGUGCACUUUUAGAAGAAGAUGAAUCUCCAGAGAAGAAAACCAAAGAUUGAGAAUGCUUGAUAAUUUAGUGUUUAUGUAAUUUGUAAAUAAAAUAUCGUUUAUUCAAGAAUAAUUAUUAAAUUUUGUUAUAAUAAAAA